UUGAAUAACCCAUAAUCUCAAAUGCCAAAAAAGAUAACUUCUUCAGUCCUUUGAAUUAGGCCCGCAGUUUCCAAUACCCUUACUUUCACCAUUUCCUAUCAUCUAAAUCCCUCACUGCUCCAGUUGCCAAAUCUUCAUACAAAUCAAGAGCAUUCAAGAUUAUUUUUUGAAAGAUUUUUAAAAGUAGAAAACAUAUGAUAUGGCGAUGGAGAUGCAGUCAAUCUUCUGUCCCAAAUCGCUCUCCCCAUCAUCCAUCCAUGGUGUCGCCUCUUUCUUCUUGUUCUGCCCAAGUUGUCUCAAAUGCCAUAGGAAAUGCAAGUUCGUAAGUUCCUCAAAUUAUUCAAUGAAGCACAAGGGUGUCAAAGAAGUCAGUUUAAGAGCAUUUGACGAUAAGGACUUGAUUACCGAGUGCCAAAAUGGUCCUGGAAAUGGAAAGGAACUUUCUGGUGAGCUAUACAAUCACAUAAUAUGUGCUUGUUGCAAGGUAGGAGAUAUGGACAAGGCUAUGGCUCUUCUUGGGCAAAUGGAGGCUUUGGGCUUUCAUCCAAACUUAAUAUCCUACACUCAUUUGAUUGAAGCCCUUGGAAGUAUUGGCAGGACUUCAGAAGCUGAAGCAGUAUUUCAAGAAAUGAUAUGUUCUGGGUUUAAGCCUAGAGUGAAAAUGUACAAUGUUUUGCUAAGAGUUUUCUUAAAGAAAGGCCUCCUGAGAGUUGCGGUUAAGGUAUUGGAGGUAAUGGGCGAUUUGGGUAUUCAUAAGAAUCAAGAAACAUAUGAGGUUCUUGUGGAUUACUAUGUGAAUGCCGGGCGGUUGGAAGAUACUUGGGCAAUAAUAAAUGAAAUGAGGUGCAAGAGGUUUCAGCUGAGCUCAUUUGUGUAUAGCAAAGUUAUUGGUCUUUACAGAGAUAAUGGGAUGUGGAAGAAAGCAAUGGGAAUUGUAGAAGAGAUUAGGGAGAUGGGGAUGUCAUUAGAUAAACAGAUUUAUAACAGCAUUAUAGAUACCUUUGGGAAAUAUGGUGAGUUAGAUGAAGCAUUGGAAGUGUUUGAGAAAAUGAAACAAGAAGGCAUAAGACCUGAUAUAACAACAUGGAACUCAUUGAUUCGGUGGCACUGUAGGGCUGGGGAUCUAUCUAAGGCCCUUGAAUUAUUCACUGAAAUGCAAGAACAAGGGUUAUAUCCUGACCCAAAGAUCUUUCUUACCAUUAUUAGCCGUUUGGGGGAGCAGGGAAAAUGGCAUGUGAUAAAGAAGAAUUUUGAGACUAUGAAAUACAGAGGACAUAAAAAAAGUGCCGCCAUUUAUGCAGUUUUAGUUGAUAUUUAUGGGCAAUAUGGGAAAUUUCAUGAUGCUGAGGAGUGUAUAUCUGCUCUAAAGUCAGAAGGUGUUCAACUUUCAGCUAGCAUCUAUUGUAUCAUAGCAAAUGCUUAUGCGCAGCAGGGAUUAUGUGAACAGACCUUGAAGGUGCUUCAGCUCAUGGAAGCAGAGGGAAUUGAGCCAAAUAUUAUAAUGUUGAAUGUGUUGAUCAAUGCGUUUGGUGUUGCUGGGAGACAAUCAGAGGCAUUAUCUAUUUAUGAUCAUAUGAAAGAAAGUGGUAUUAGUCCUGAUGUGGUAACUUAUAGUACGCUUAUGAAGGCAUAUAUUAGAGCAAGGAAAUUUGAUAGGGUGCCUGAAAUUUACAAGGAAAUGGAAUAUGCUGGAUGUACUCCAGAUAGGAAGGCUAGAGAGAUGUUACAAGUUGCAUUAAUGGUCCUUGAACAGAGACAUCAUAAGUGUUAGGUCGGUCUGGAGUUUUGUGUGAUUCAAUGUGCUGUUGUUUGGUAAGGUGCUGAUAUUAUGAUAAUCCAGAUGACAUGUGAUACUCCUGUAAAUCACAAUCCUUUCACAAAUGGAAUGGAUAUUGCCUGAGCUGAGGUGAGUUCUUCUCUUUUCCCUCAUAUUUUAGAGAUUGGAUGUCAUAGAUUUGUUUUUUGCUCAUGAUGUUCAUCCUUCUAUAUGCCUUACACUUCCAGUUGUGACUUUAUACCUGAAUGGCCUUGUUUUAACAUUGAAAACCUUGCUGACUGUUAUCCUGACAUGGUGGUUGUAUAAUUUUUCAGACUGAAUGGGGGGCAUUUGACACUUGGUAUGGUAACUGUAAUAUUUUCUCUGGGACUUCAAAACCUUGUUCACAGUUGGAAUUAGAAUGUUUUGAAUCUUUCUUAGCAGUGUAAACCACUGGCAAAGGAUGCUCCACUCAGCAGGAGUUAUUUAGGCAGGGGAUCUUCUGAAGAAGUGUUCCAUCGAUCUCUAGUGAAUUAUAUUAGCUGAAACUUUUCUGAGGGUUUUGGAGGCUUUGUCUCAACCGUCCACAUAUCACCUAGACAUUUUUUAGUCAGAAAUUUAGGGGCUCAAGCCAACCCUUUCCUUUUUCUUGCCCCUGCAGAAUUAAUACAAGAAUCCCUUACACUCCAUGAAGAGAUGUAUAUCUGUGCUUGUCUGUGAUCAUGUGAGGCAGAUAUGCAGACAAUGUGUAUAAGGAAAUAUCAGCUGGUUUGGAAUUGCUAAAGGACCUUUAUUAUGCGUUGAUUACUUUAAAAAGGUUUUUCAGCUUGUAAGAAAAAAGAAAAAGAAAAAGAAAAGAAUUGGGUUAUAUAUUGAAAGAGCAUGCAUUAGCUGCAGAUUGAUAGAUGUGGUGGCAAAAGUUGUUUCUUACAAUUGGAGUGGCAACCAAGGGAAAUAUAAUAUAUGCUUAUCGUGGAUUGGCCUUGACCUGGAUAAUGGAUGAUGCUGGGUCAAGGGUUCUUGAACCAACUGGUCACUCCUCUAUUUGAGAAAUGAAAACUGCAAGUUACUUUGUCUCUCCCCUUUGAAUUUAGACAGAUUUUGGGACAUGGAUUAUUCAAGUUCAAAUACAGUUGUGGAUUGGCCUUGACCUGGAUAAUAGAUGAUGCUGGGUCAAGGGUUCUUGAACCAACUGGUCACUCCUCUAUUUGGGAAAUGAAGACUGCAAGUUACUUUGUCUCUCCCCUUUGAAUUUAGACAGAUUUUUAUACAGAUUUUUGGCUUCAAAUACAGUUGAUAACUGUGAAUUUAUCGAAAAGAUCUAAUCAAGGAGACGAGGAAUAGACUCACAGAUGCUUGAUAGGUCUGCAUGACCUAGAAAUGGUAAUGUUGUGCAUAUAGAAGGCUUGUAAGUUGUAAUGACUGCAUGAACUUUUGAAGUAUGAGUUACCCCGAAGUAAGUCAUUGGUGUUCAUGUGAUUAUGCUCUUUCUCUCUCUCUGUUUUAUACACAGUUUUGUUGAGUUGGUGAAGUUUGAAAAGUGGAAACGUAUAAUUAGAUGAAGAAAAUUGAUGGUAAAGAUGACAAGCACUUAAACAAAAGCAAGCCCUUUAUAGCAGAUAAGUGGCGUGGAAACAUAAACCACGACCAUACACACAUAUCUGGGUUCUUAACAGGAUAUGUAAGUCGCAUAUAUAAUAUGCGUUUCACUCCCAGCUCCACUACUUGCUAUAUACUAUGAGUCUAUGACCAUAAAAACCACUGUUAUUUUGUUACACCAAAAUACUGCGUACAGCUACGAAUGCCACGUACGCUUACAGUUAUUUAUAUAUAUAUAUAUAUAUAUAGUUCCUUAGCCUUGUGCUUUAGGGUUCAGAGAGCGUGAGGCUUCUCCAAGUCCUCAAGGCC